CCGAACUGCUGGUAACUUUUUUCCCUUUGCAUUUCGCUAGAGGGCGUAGAACGGCGCGUCUGCUGCCAUUGUCAAUGUUCCACGGCUUAAUUCCCUCGUUCGCUUGCGCAAAGGUAGAAUGCACUGCCAGAACAUGCGUUGACCUCGCGUGGGCGACGUGACGUCCCUUGUACUGCUCGCCCCUCGUCCAUAUUCGCGUCUCGGGUUUUGUCCCCCGUUUCCUUCCGAUGCUCUGCACCGAAGUCACUGACCAAGUGACCUUAUGACUUCUCUGCCAAGGUCUCCCACUCUCGGCCUCUUGCAACGUUCAUUUGCGUGGUCAGAGAACGAGGAUAGCCAACACGAACGCUCGCCGGUCCACACCUUUGCCUGUCGUACUUAAGCGAGGGAUGCUGGACGCAUGUCUCCUCGGAUGCUACCGUUCUUAUCCUCGACCUCACCAAUGACAUGGGCCCUAUCCUGUGGAUCUUACAUUUCUUCCUGGACGUCCUGCAGGCGUGCGUCCUCCAAGACCUACCCGCGGUCGCGCGCUAUGUCGUGCUCUCCGAAGCGGCUGUAGCGGUCCUGGCCCUAGCGUUCUAUGCGCUAGCACCUCCUACUAUCCUCCAGUACUGCGAGCAGGCUCAAGAUGAGGCUCGAUCGUUGCUGGCUCAUUCUGCCGCAUCGCCGAGUUCCGGCAGCGGUCCCAGCCCAGGUACGAGUGAUGCUGGCGACACUCAAGACGGUCCUCUGAGUAUCAUGAUCAGUAGACUCAACGCGCUGAACGAGGAGCGAAGCACUAUACAACACGCUGUUUGGGACUUGUCCGACAGUCCGAUCUCGCGUGUUCUGCUUUCUUGCCCGUGGUUCUUCAAAGCGCUCAAGCUCCUCUACAGCUAUCACGUUAUUUGUGCAGGACAUCAAGAUUUUUGUUCAUCGUAAUAGUGUAUCGCAUUGCUCCUCGUCUGACGCAUCCCCUGGCGAGACGAACGAAUAUCUGAAUGUGAUUGCUUCGCGAGAAGAAGACCGGGAUACAUGACCAAGGGGAUGUGGGGGAGGAUCGCAGGGCGUCAAGCUAUCUAUGGUUCGGAAUUUGCUGUACGAGUAUUUAUGCAUUCGGCCCAUAUAUCGGAAUAUUC